AUGCUCGUGCGUUGCUCCCCUCCGUCUUCGCCAACCACAGCACCGACUCUGGACGUUGCACGCACGGCGCCUUCAUCUCCAAGCGUUGUCGACACAACCGCCAACACCACCGCCACCACAACAACACCACCAACAACACAAGCCUUCUUCGUCAUCAUCGUUGUCCGUCUGUCCGCUGCACCACCGUCACAGACCAACAAGACCAAACUCACUGACCCCAAGAUCAUGACAUCCACGACACAGGACGACAGUGAGGAGGCAUGGACCAACGCUGUCCUCCAGGCUGUACCGUGGUACCAUCCUGCAACAGAUCGGCAUCUGGCGGAAGUCAUGUUGUUGGACAACGGCGUCAGUGGAAGCUAUUUGCUUCGCAAGAGCUCGAGUGCACGUGGCUACGUGAUGUCUGUGCGCUGUCAGUCUUCAGUACAACACUUUGAAGUGUCGCCUUGUCCCGACGGGAAGUCGUAUCGCUUGGGAUCGCGGGAGUUCAGCACGCUGGAGGAGUUUGUGCAACACGUGGCUGCCAAACCAGCCCUCAAAGGCGUAUCAGGCUUUGUCACGGUGUUGGAGACACCAUACAACCGCGUGACGUCAGAGGAAAAGAACUUUGCACAAAUAGCAAAACCCAUUGGCGGGGAGGCGCAUCGAUUUGUACAGACGCGCAGGGAACCGGACGAGCCCCAGCGGUCACUUGCCAGCGGUGCACGCGAGGGAUACCUGGUCAAGCGCGGCAGGGUCGUCAAGAACUUGAAGGAGAGGUGGUUUGUGGUCGAUUCAACCAACUUUGCAUACUUCAAAUCCCAACAGACACCGCAAGCCAUUCGCACAAUCCCGCUCAACCUCGCAGAAAAUGUCAUUCCGACGAUUGAUGCGCCGCGACCAGACCUCUUCGGCUUCGGGAUUGCGUUUCCCAAGCGAACCUUUCGUCUCUUUGCACACACCCUCCAAGACAGGAAGACAUGGGUGGAAUUCCUGCAGUGGGCGCUGAAGGCGAGCAAGUCUGGGGAGUCGGGUGGGAGCCGGUACGUGUCCCUGCAGCCGCUUUUGGACGAGCAGCAGACGGCAGCGGAGGACCAAGACGAUCAGGCUGACGACUGA